AUGUCUCCUACCUUUCUCUCUAAUACUCAUGCCCAGCAGAGUACAUACCAAUCAUUUCAACAAUACAAUACAUUUAUCACCCACGAUGAUGCGGGUACAUCCCACACCAAGCAUCCGUCACCGGGCCGGUUUUUCGAAUCCGCUGCUGCGUUCCAAGCUGAGCAGCACCCUCGAGACCUGUUUAAUAUUCCAAAUCAUCAUUCAGACUCCAUCGACCCUCAUCUUUUGGAAAUGCCGUUCAUGCAAUUUAAUCUCGACGGGAGAGCGCCUCCACAAAACCAACUCCAUGGCACAGAACCUGAGCGCCCUAUCAUUCCCGUCAAUUCAGAACCACAAACCGAAAAGCCCCCUCGUUCUCCCAAAGACUAUUCUUUACUAUCGACGGGAUACCUUGCAAAAAAGAAUAAAGAUGGGAAUCUUGAUUGUUUUGAGGAUUGUGAACUACGUCGCUAUGGUAAACGUGGGUUUACUAGAAGGAGCAAUCUCUUGACUCAUUUGAGAAGUUGUCACUUGCAAGAUAUUCCAAGGAACGAUAAAAUCAAAACUCGCAAUAAAGGUCAACGCCCAAGGAGGCUGGGAAGAGGAUGUUCGAAGUCUAUCAAGCGGCAUAAGAUCAGAAAUAUCCGAGAUAUAUGA